CCCAAAUGUCCCCCGGGGUCCCCAGCACAAUGGGGGUGUGUCCCCAAGGGUCCCUCGGUGUCCCCAGCGGUCCCAGUAGGUCCCUACUGGCCCCGAACGCCAUGGUGGGCAUGUCCCCAGUGUCCCCAAAUGUCCCCCGGGGUCCCCAGCACAAUGGGGGUGUGUCCCCAAAUGUCCCCAGGGCUCCCUUGGUGUCCUCAGAGGUCCCCAGGGGUCCCUGUGGGUCCCUAAUGUUCCCUGGCCCAAUGGCGGGUAUGUACCCAAAGGACCCCCAGUGACCCCAAAGUGUCCCUGUGGGUCCCCAGUGGCCCCCAGCACAAUGGCAGAGGUAUCCCUGGGUGGCCCUAGGGGUCCCCUGGUGUCCCCAGAUGUCCCCACGGGGCCCUAGUGACCCCUGGCGUGAUCGCAGGGACGUCCCAGGGGUCCCCAGUCGUCACCAAGUGUCCCCAUGGGUCCUUAGUGGUCCCCAGCACGAUGGUAGGGAUGUCACCAAAGGUCCCAAGGGGGUCCCUAUGGGACCCUACUGGCCCCCAACACAAUGGCAGGGAUGUCCCCAGUGACCCCAAAGUGUCCCCAGGGGUCCUUAAUGGCCCCCAGAGCGAUGGCAGCUGUGUCCCCAAGGGUCCCCCAGUGGUCCCAAAGUGACGCCAGCUGUCCCCAGGACGAUGGCAGCCAUGUCCCCAAGGGUCCCCUCUGUCCCCAGGUGUCCAUAGCUGUCCCCAAAAGGACCCCAGCCGUCCCCAACACGAUGGCAGCCGCGUCCCCAGGCAGGGUCCUGAGCUGUCCCCAAGGGUCCCCCGUGUCCCCAAGUGUCCCCACCGUGUCCCCCGUGUCCCCGCAGCGUUGGUGGCCGCCGUUACUUCGAGUGCCCGGCUCGGUACGGGGCCUUCGUGCGGCCGCAGCGCGUCACCGUGGGGGACUUCCCCGAAGAGGACGACGGCUUGGACGAGCUCUGAGGGGACGGAUUUUGGGGCGAAACACCGCGAUUUUGGAACAACGCCGCCUCCGCUUCUUCUUUCCUCGCCGGCGGUGGUUGUUUUUUUUUUUAAUUUUAUUUUUGCCCCCAAAUCAGCACUUUUUGGAGGGGUGGGAUGGCAGCGGGGCCGACGCUUGCCCCAAAACGCCCUCCCCAAAACCAGCAUUUCUCGCCGCAAACUGGAGCCGGCGGCCCCAAAACCCCCAUUUCUGUACCCAAAUGGGAGCAGAGGACUCAGCCCCAUUUCCACCCCAACGAGGGGGGGGUGCCCCCAAAAAUCCCAUUUCCCACAGCACCCAGCGGCCCCAAAACCGCCGCGUUCUGCCCCAUUCUGGGCAGCCUCGAAUCCCCGUGUUCCCUUCUUUCCAUUUUUUCUUUAUUUUCCCCCCAUUUUCCCUUUUUUCCUCCUCCCUUUUCCCCCUUUCUCCCUUUUUCUUUUUUCCUUUUUUUUCCCCUUUUUUCUUCUUUCUGCCUUUUUUUCCCCUCCCUUCCCCUUUUUUCGUUUUUUUCCUUCUUUUCCCUGUUCCCCCCCCCCAUUGUUUUUUGGCCCUUUUUUAAUUCCUUUAAUUAAUCCCUCUUAAUUCAAGGGA